GGGUUUGCCAAAAGUGAGAGGGAACCUGAAAGAACUCUAGCUGACCUGCUGAGUUUGAGAGUUGUAGAAGCGCCUCGCUGGUCCUCGGUCUUCACCUCUAGUGCCCUACUUUUUCCGGGGUCCGCUCGGCCUCGGUUGUCGGGUCCUUUGUCUCCUAGCACGGAAAACCGGCGUCGUACCGUAGGAUGCCGCAGCUCGGACUCCUGCAGGGGAGGGCCUGGGCGGUGCUGCUCGGCCCGCUCCUGCGGCCGCCGCGUGCUGUGUGCCUCCGGGCUGUCCGUUCCCAGAGCCAGGUUGCAGAGGCCUUGAUAACAUCCGAGCUGAAACCACAAGAAAAGGCCAAUUUCACUCUCAAGACCCCUAAGGGCACUAGAGACUUUAGUCCCCAACAAGUGGUUGUGAGGGAGAAAAUUCUUGAUUUGAUUGUCAGCUGCUUUAAACGUCAUGGAGCAAAGGCAUUGGAUACCCCAGCAUUUGAGCUAAAAGAAACACUCACUGAGAAGUAUGGCGAGGAAUCUCAGCUUAUGUAUGAUCUGAAGGAUCAGGGGGGCGAGCUCUUAUCUCUGCGCUAUGACCUUACUGUUCCUUUUGCUCGUUACCUGGCCAUGAAUAAAGUGAAGAAGAUGAAGCGCUACCAUGUUGGAAAGGUGUGGCGGAGAGAGAGCCCAAGCGUGGUCCAAGGCCGCUACCGAGAGUUCUGCCAGUGUGAUUUUGACAUUGCUGGUCAGUAUGAUCCAAUGAUCCCUGAUGCUGAGUGUUUGAAGAUCAUUUGUGAAAUCCUAAGUGGGUUGCAGCUUGGGGACUUCAUCAUUAAGGUCAAUGAUCGGCAGAUUUUGGAUGGGAUGCUUGCCAUUUGUGGUGUUCCUGAAAGCAAGUUUUAUGCCAUCUGCUCCUCGAUAGACAAGCUUGACAAGGUGUCUUGGAACGAUGUGAGACACGAAAUGGUGACAAUGAGAGGCCUGGCUCCUGAAGUGGCUGAUAGAGUCGGGGACUAUGUCCAGUGUCAUGGUGGGGUGUCCCUGGUAGAGCAAAUGUUCCAGGAUCCAAGGUUAUCUCAGAACAAGCAGGCCCUAAAGGGCCUCGAGGAUCUAAAGCUGCUAUUUGAAUAUGUGACUUUAUUUGGAAUUGCUGAGAAGAUCUCCUUUGACCUAAGCCUUGCUCGGGGCCUGGACUACUAUACAGGAGUGAUCUAUGAAGCAGUGCUACUACAGGCUCCAGCUCAAGCAGAGGGCAAGGCCUUGAAUGUAGGCAGUGUGGCUGCUGGUGGACGCUAUGAUGGGCUGGUGGGCAGUUUUGGCCACAAGGUACCGUGUGUGGGACUCAGCAUUGGAGUGGAGCGAAUCUUCUCCAUUAUGGAGCAACAGAUGAAGACGUUUGGUGAGAAGAUACGAACCACAGAGACCCAAGUAUUUGUUGCCACACCACAGAAGGGUUUUCUCCGGGAACGGUUGAAGCUAAUUGCAGAGCUUUGGGAUGCUGGGAUCAAGGCAGAGCUGCUGUAUAAGAACAACCCUAAACUGCUAACUCAGCUGUCCUACUGUGAGAGCAUGGACAUUCCACUGGUGGCCAUUAUUGGAGAGCAGGAACUAAAGGAAGGAGUCAUCAAGCUCCGUUCAGUGGUCAGCAGGGAAGAGGUGGCUGUUAAACGUGAAAACCUUGUGAUUGAAAUUCAGAAGCGACUAUCUGAAUCUUAAUCCUCCCCUGAUUGCCAUCUGCUGCGUUUUAUUGAAAAAAAAAAUGAAACCUUCAUCAAAGGUCAAGUUCCUGACUUUGCAACAACAUCUGGCCAGGAUGAGUGACAAGUGCCUUCUACCUCCUCCGUCCUUCCUGGGUACAGAACUGUUGACAGCCCUGAUGAUUCUUGGGCGAGUGUGAGCAGCUGUCUUGUGGGUGCACAGAUGACUGCAAUGUAAAAAAGACAUGCUCUCUCUGCUGAGGCAGAUGCAGAUUUGAAUGCUACUGAAUGCCACUAAGUGGUGUUAAGAUGGUUGUUCUGAGCAAGGCUCUGAGAAACUCUCCUCAGGCUAAGAGACUUCUGAUGCAUACAUCAGAAGCCAGAUAUUUAGCCUGGCAAAAGUAACUUCUGAAGAAGAUUGUGGGGGAAAUUAUCCAUAUCCUAUCCUUGUUCUGUUCAGUGAGUUUCAGGGAGAUAGUGAGGAAUAGUGGCUGCUUCUGAUAUGUUUGAGGAUGCAAACCAAGAGAUGCCAUCCCAAUGAAGUAACAGUACCUAUAUAGAUGUAUAAUCUCCCUACCCAUCCACUAUUAAUAAUAGCAAGGUGAGACUGUCUGUUCAGUAAUAGUGAAUGAUAGACUUAAUUGGUGACCUGAUACAUUCGAGGUCUGAUUUUUUAAUGUUUUGGUUACCAUUUGGUGUGCCAGAAUCACUUCUACUACUUUAUUUCCUGCUAUGAUAGAUUUUGUAGAAGUGGCUGGAUGUGUUAAAUAAAAUACUAAAUGUAGAAGUUUGCAUAAUUCGUUAUCAAGGAUUUGGUUCGCAUAGACCAUAAACAUCUGAGUACUCUGAAGACUUCUGUGAGUUGGUUGGAACCUUGCUGGGCUGAAGCUUCUGUAUCCAAUUAAGGAGCUCAGCCUCUGGUUCCCUGUUUCCUUCUCCCCAACUUGGACAUAGUCAUGUCAUUGAAAGUUCACAUACAGUGAACCAUCUGCCAGAGCUCACUACCCUAAAGUGUUGCUGAUAACUGCCAUUCUUAAGUCAAAUCACCGUCAGGGUCCUCCCGUUGUUCAUCGAUUUGCUCGAGCGGGUCCAGUAAUGGUCUCCAUCAUGAGACUUGUUACUUUGUUUGGCAUAUCGAGUAUGUCACGGCUAGCUUGCCAGGCUCUGUCGUCUGGGUGAGAUAACUCUCGGUAGCUUGCCUGGCUCUCCGAGAGGGGCGGAGGAACCGAACUCGGGUCGGCCAUGUUGGCUGCUUGUAAGGCAAACACCCUACCACUUUGCUAUCAUUCCAGCCCUCUUAAGUCAAAUAAUGUUGAUAAAUUGUGCCCUAUAGGUUGAAUGACUGUAAGUGGCUUUCUGUUAAAGGAUAAAAUUAGUUAAAAUAUAGCACUACUUUAAAAAAAAAGGAGAAGAAAAAGGAAAGAAAUACCUACUGGAAAUAAGCACUUUCCGAACGUGGAUCUGGAAGGUAAACAUGUCAAGCCUUAACUCUAGUGCAUUCAGGUGUGCAAGACAUCUAGAAUCUCCAGGUAACCCUACUUUUGCUUUAAGAUUCAGAAAAUCGUGGCAGCACACGCAGAGUUCACUACUCUAGAUAACAAUACUAGAUUCCUCGUUUUUAAAAUAGACGAGUUGAAGCAAAUCUAUUAGCUGUCUGAAAACUUGAUU